CUGGUCCACUUCUCUAUGCACAAAUAUCCCCAGCCUCUGCGGCUCCAAUUUGCAAAAGCUACUCGAGGAUUGACCCAACCCACCCGGCCUUCUCGUACCAACCAAGCAGCUCCAAACACCAAGAAAUCCACAGAAACCGAGAUCUCUCUCUCUCUCUCCGACCCGACGGAUCCCUGGUUGUUGUUGUAGCUGGGCAAUGGCGACCGACGCGAUCCUGGAGACCAUCAAGCCUCGGCGGAGCCCGUGGCUGGAGGACCUCCCGGUGACGAAUGGGGGCGCAGCGAAGGGCGGCAAGGUGGACCUGUCCGGGAUGCGCCGGCGCGUGUCGUCGUCCUUGUCACUGAGCCUCCAGCCGCUGUCCUCGUCGUCGUCCGCGGCGUUCCGGCGCGCGCGGUCGAUGCCGUCGAUCAAGGCGCUGGCGGCGGCGGGCGCGGUGCGGCAGUGGUGGGAGUGGGGGCUCGGUUGGGUGAUGACCCGGAAGCCCUCCUUCGCGCGUGGCCUCGAGAUGAGCGAGGACGAGGCCGCCCUGCUCGGGUGCCACUGCCGCGGCACGCUCCGGCACGUCUUCUACAAGGCACGCGCCGAGGUGCGCCGCCUCCUCGGCCGCGACGGCCGCCCGCUCGGGGGCGUCGCGGCGCAGGACUUCAGGUACGACUCCGUCAGCUACGCUCAGAACUUCGACAACGGCGACGUCGACGCCAGAUGCUAGCUGCUGCGCCGGCGCACGCAUGGAUUCGGACGCCGACAUUCGUGCCGAAAGUGAAGGUAUACAUGGCUCGAUCGAUGGCUACGAACUAUAUCUUCUUGGACGCGGCAAUAAACCGAAUUGUUUGUAAGAUACUAGCAGCAUAUAGCACGGCGUGUGUGUGUGUGUGUGUUUUGUCUGAACGAUCGCAGAUGAUCCAGCAGCGAGUGAUGCGCACUGUUCAGGGACCAGAUGUAUAUUUCUUCCGCUCUUCUUUCUUGUGUUUUUCCGAGUCUUUUCUUGGAUACAUCCGUCCCUACAAUGUAAUGUAGCCCGUGGAUCUUGAACUGGCAAAAUGUACAUGUUCUGUAACACAUUGCAAAUGCAAAUCAAUAAGCAUUUCUGGAACCUGAAUCAA